GUUUGUCUUCUUCUUCUCUCGGCGGCAUCUUCAUUCAAUCUCGGUGGCUAAAAGGACAGGGCAGAGGAGAUGAUGAGAAAGUUCCAUGAGACUCUCAGAAGUCACCGCCUGAGCAUCAAACCUGAAUAACCGGGAGGGAUGUAGCGUCUGCAGACUUUCAGUCGUUCCCCUCCUGCCCACGCUUCAAGUUUUUCAGGUCCUCGCUUGAGCGUGCACUCCCAGGCGUAAACAAACGUGCUACUGCCUUGUCAGCCAGCCGGGCUAUUUAAGCAGGCUGGCACCAGCACCUGCUGCUUCCCAGCACAGAGCUCUCCUUUCCUCUUCCGCCCGCUUAGAGACCAUGUCGACGGAGACUGCGAACCGCCCCACAGAGGACCAGGUGGAGAUCCUGGAGUACAACUUCAACAAGGUCAACAAGCAUCCCGACCCCACUACGCUGUGCCUGAUCGCUGCCGAGGCGGGCCUCUCCGAGGAGGAGACGCAGAAAUGGUUUAAACAGCGCCUGGCCCAGUGGCGGCAGUCAGAAGGCUUGCCCUCAGAAUGCAGGUCUGUCACAGACUAGGCAGCCGGAUACCCACAGCUUCUCUCCACGAACUCCACCUGUUCUUCCUCGCCCAGGCUGUUUUGAUUCUUCAGUGCAGUGUUGUAUGUUCAUUUUUUCCUGUCCUGCUAUUUAAUGUUUGUUUUGGGUUUUUUUUUAAAUGUGUAUAUAGCUAAAAAAGAAAACAACAGGGAACUAAAUGCAGUUCUGUGCAAAGCAAUGGCUUGGCUGGGAGAGGGGAGAGGCUUGCAUUUCCCUUUGGGUUUUAACGAAAAUGGUGUGAAAAGUCUGUUUGCUUUUGACCAGUAACAAUUCACUUGUACCAUCAUGGCAGAGCUGGCAGGACUUCUAUUGAAAAGAUAACAUGACAGGAAGGGAAAACAUCCCCUUCUGAGCCCACUUCCUUUAUCAUUUUCUUUGUUUCAUUUAAUACAUUGAUGGUUGAGUGAGAACAUAGGUGUAUUUGAGUCAUUCAAAUUUUAUAUACAAGUUCCUUGGUUACAGGUGCAUUAACUUGGAAAGAACCCCAGGCUAAGAGAUAGAAACUCUAACCAGUAGAAAAGCAAGUCAUUGAGAAAAAAAAUCUAUGAGUCUGGAAUUUACCUUAUUUAAAUGCAUUUGUUAAAUGUAUUUUGCUAAAUAAAAUGAACUGCUUUUGUCUCAAAAAUGGUAUUCUAAAUAAAAAACUUUUUGUUGAACA